GCCGCCUCGGCGAGGACUUUAAAAUUGAUAAUUUAACUAUCGAGUGAACUUUGUAACUAUAAGUAAAAGAUUGCCAAAUUUUAGGCUAGCGGUUCUCCAAGAGCAGUAGUGGAUAAAAAAUGGGACAGAUAUGACGAACACACGAGCAUUUAUACGAACAAACUUAAUCCUAAAUGUGCUAUACAUACGAUAUUGAUAACAUACUGAAAGUUGAUCGCCACUACAUCACCAUCCAUCGACGUCAUAAACAAACAUCUCGCAUGACAACGUUAUAGUUGAAGUAUUGGCGAUUAAUUGCAAAAGGAAAAGUUUUUAGACGUCUUUUAAAAGAAUUUAUCCUGUGCAGCACUUCCGAAGAUAGUCGCCAUAGAAAUAAGAGUGUGACAAAUUAAAAGAAGAGGAGAAAAGUACCGAAAAUAUAAAAGAAGAAGAAAAUAAAAUGACCAUGCAAUACGAAACGUUCAGUAUAUCUGACGAAUUAAAGGAGCUGGAGGCGGAAGUAGAAGUAUCUAUGAGAGCAGGAAAAACUAUGAAGAAUGCUGGAGGCGUUUUCAAGGAUACAGGCCUAAACUACAAACUUAACGGAGCUAUAGGAAAAGAAAUGAAAAAAGAAGAAAGGAGGGAAAAAAGAGAAAAGAUGGAAGAGGAGAAAAGACAAAAGAAAUUAGACCGAGAAGAGGAAAUGAUUAUAAAAAAGUACACUAAAAGAAUAGAAAUGAUUAUGGAAAGGUACAAUAAGGCUGAUAAAGUGCAACAGAAGAAAGACAAAAAGAGAAAAAAGCAAGUGGAAAAGCACGAGAAAAAAACUCAAAAGAUGUUGGAAAAAGAAAAGAAGAAAAUGGAGACAGAAUGUGACAAAGAUGGAAAGAAAAACACAGUUUUAUCCAGCAUUCAGGCAUUUUUUGGAUGUUUUUCUUGUUUAAAUCGUCAGGAAAAAGCAGAUGUAUGAUAAAUUAAUAUUUUGUAUAAUAUCAAUUUUCUUUAUUUUAUCACUGUUUUUUGUAUUAUAAUAAAUCUCCUUUACUUU